GUCGGCCUCUAAUCUUAGGUUCAGUCUCGUUCCAGAUUCCGUCCGCGUCAAACGUGUCUUCUCCUCUUGGUGUGGUGAUCUUCCAAGAAGGUGGUCCGCUAGAGGUGUUUACCAAGGAGUUUGGGAACGGCAGUUUCCCUCGAUUUGUGAUUUCCAAAAGUGCCAAUCAUGAGCAAUAACUGCUACUAUCAGAUCAUCGUGGUGGCCACGGUUGGCAUCGGAUGCGGCCUGCUGAGCUGGUACCCGGCCCCGACGGAUGCCGUCCGCUACGUGCCCAAGUGGAAGAAACAGGCCUGCGAGAUCCCAUCCUCCCAGAACGAGUACUCCCACUACGUGUGCGACGACAACGGCGACGUCAAGUGCCUGCCCGGGUGGACCGGUGACCUGUGCGACGUCCCCAUCUGCAAGAAGGGCUGCGACCCGCUGAACGGCUACUGCAAACGGCCCGGCGAGUGCCGCUGCAAGCUCGGCUUCUACGGGGACAACUGUAACCGGUGCAUUCCGCUGCCCGGUUGCCAACACGGCGGCUGCCAGGUCUCGUUCGAGUGCGUGUGCCACAAGGGCUGGGACGGAAUCUUCUGCUCGGAACCAAUGUGCCGCGAAGAUUGCCACCCGUCUCGCGGAUAUUGCGAGAAGCCCGGAGAGUGCCGGUGUCGUCUCGGAUGGUCCGGGCCGACGUGCCGCGAGUGCCAGGUUCUGCCCGGAUGUAUGCACGGAACGUGCUCGAAGCCGCUGGAGUGCAAGUGCCUACCAGGAUGGACGGGAAUUCUCUGUCAAACGCCGAUUUGCGCGCCCAACUGCAACCGCGAGCACGGUUAUUGUCGUCGGCCGGGAGAGUGCCGUUGCCGAAUGGGAUGGAUGGGACAGGAGUGCUCCAAGUGUCAUCCGUAUCCGGGCUGUGUCAACGGGGAUUGUCGACGUCCGUGGGAAUGCAACUGCAAGCCGGGCUGGGGAGGAAUGCUGUGCGAUGAGAAGCUGACCUAUUGCGAGCAGAACCCAAACACGUGUCAAAAUGGCGGCAAAUGUACGUCGCUGAUCAAGGAUGAUGGGUACUUUAGGUGCGAGUGUCCUUCCGGCUUCCGGGGCAAGAAUUGUGAGGUUAUGCCACCGUCGAUGACGAGUUCGACGACGACUACGGUGGCCACGACCAGUGUGGCGGAAGUGACCACGCCGGAGGAUGUCAGCCAGGAGCAGGAACAGAUGACCAGCUUAAGGAUUCAGAUGGGCAACGUGACGACGCAGUUUCCGGGAGAGGAUUACUUGAACGAGGAGUUCAGCGCGGAAGAGAUUGACAAUGAGACGUGAGCCGGCUGUUUGAUCGAGACGCAGCAUUUAAACAGUAUUUAUAAAAAAUUCAAUUAACUUAUUUAUUUAUUUCAACAAUAAAUUAUUCCACAAUCCGA